CCGGAUUGCUUGGAAAUAGUUCUGCGUGGACUCUGGGUGUGGUGGGUGCGGGGCUGAUGAGUGAGGAGGCCCCUGUUUGCUCUCCUUUGGUGUGGUUCUUCUCACCUCAUGGGCAUCUCUUUGUCUGUCCUCCGCAGGUCUGGACUCUGGCUGAGAUCCCAGAGGACCCUGUCGUCCCUGCUGUCUCUCUGUUAGAGCUGCAGUUGUAUGGACUCGCCCUCCAUGACAGGCGCCCUGUCCCUGUUGAGGCACAGUCACAUUUCCCAGUGCAGGUUUGGAGAGAUGCUGCCUUUGGAGAAGGCGUUUGCCGCCCCCAGGAACUCCGCAGCUCCCCCAGCACCGCCCACGCCACGGUCGGCGGCCGGGGACCAGCAGGAGGAGACCAUCUCCAGGAGGGGCCCUGCUGACCUCGAGUUUUCCCGCCUGCACUUCCGGAGCUUUGUCUACCAGGAGGCAGCUGGGUCCCACCAGGCCCUGGCUUAGCUCUAUGAGCUGUGCUGCCAGUGGCUGCGGCCCAAGGUGCGCUCCAACGAGCAGAUGCUGGAGCUGCUGGUGCUGGAGCAGUUCCUGGGUGCCCUGCCCAACCAAGUCCAGCCCUGGGUGGUGGCGCAGCAUCCCGAGAGCUGCAACAAGGUGGCAUCCCUGGUGGAGGACCUCACCAAGGCCCUAGAGGAGCCAGGGUAUCAGCUUGCCCAGGCUGAUGCUGCCUGCAGGCUGGAGACAGGAACUUCGGUUGGUUGCCAGAGAACUGCCAGAAGGCAGCUUCUCAGGUGAGCUUGGGUCCGAGAGUGAUGGUUGGGGGCCGGGGUGG